GCCUCUUCCGGGCCGCGCCUCAGGCGCAUGCGCUCCGCGCUGCCCCGGCACGUCCGGCGGUGGCCAUGGUGACAGAAGUAGCCAGGAAGAGUGUUCAGAAGGGCAAGCUCAUGGAUUUCACCAGCACGGUCAUCAUCCCGCUGCUGUUCGGCAGCCUGGGGAUCUUCGGCCUCUUCCGGCUGCUGCAGUGGAUGCGGAUGAGAGCUUACCUGCAGGAAGCAGUGGUGGUGAUCACAGGGGCUACCUCUGGCCUGGGAAAAGAGUGUGCAAAAGCCUUCCAUGCAGCUGGCUCCAAGCUGGUGCUCUGUGGCAGAGACAGUGAGAAGCUCAAGGACCUGGCACAGCAGCUUUCUACCGGCACCAACCACCGAAAGAACACACACAAACCUCACACCGUGGUGUUUGACCUCUCAGACACUAAAGCUGUGGUCAGUGCUGCUGAAGAGAUCCUCAAGUACCUGGGGCAUGUGGACAUCCUGAUCAACAACGCAGGCAUCAGCUUCCGUGGCGGGGUCGCGGACACGAGCCUGGAUGUGCACAAGAAAGUGAUGGAGACAAAUUAUUUUGGCCCCAUAGCCCUCACCAAAGCACUUCUGCCCUCCAUGAUCAAGAGGAGACAAGGCCACAUUGUGGCCAUCAGCAGCAUUCAAGGCAAAAUUAGCAUUCCUUUCAGAUCUGCCUAUGCUGCCUCUAAGCAUGCCACCCAGGCCUUCUUCGACUGCCUGCGCGCAGAGGUGGAGCAGUAUGACAUAGAGGUGACAGUUGUGAGCCCUGGGUACAUUCAGACCAACCUCUCUCUCAAUGCUCUGACAGCUGAUGGAUCUCGCUAUGGAGUUAUGGACAAGAGCACAGCUGAAGGACAGACAGCGGCAGAGGUCGCUCAGGUGGUCCUCAGUGCAGUGGGACAGAAGAAGAAGGAGGUGCUGGUGGCUGGCCUGACGCCCUGCCUGGCUGUCUACCUGAGGAACCUCUUCCCCAGGCUCUUCUUCACCUUAAUGGCUGCGAGAGCGAAAAAGGAGAGAAAGACAAAGGACUCCUAGAGCUCAGCUCCUCCGAGCAGCACCUGCAGGGGGAGGCCGAGGCCCCGCGGUCAGGCUGGGACGGCUCCGGAGGUGCUCCUGCAGGAGAGGCCUCUCUAAAACGCUGCAGUUUGCCCUUGCAUGGAGACUGGGGAGCAGUUCCCCCUCCAGCAGGGCAGGCCCCUCUUGCUGGAAGACAGCAUCUAGACCUCACCAGAAGGAGGGUGCUGGGACAAGGGGGAGGGCUGAGGCUGCAGGGGAGGGGGACCCAAGGGAACACACUUUGCUGCAGGGGAGGCACCUUCCCUCCCCUCGCUCCAGGCACGCCUGACUUCAGAGGCCUGCCACAAAUAAACCUCACCUGUUUUGCCUUCACACCAGCAGCUCUUGGCUUUCUCCAUCCCACUGCCUCUGAAAUACAACCCUCAGCUGGGAGUUCUUGUGAUCAGUGUCUCCUCCUAAUCUGACCUAGAAGAUGUUGCUUGAAGUGAGAAACUUCACAGGGCCUCUGCUUGCUCACAUGCCAGAACAUCUGACAGGUGAAGCUAAAGUCAGGUCACUAGGAUCUGCUAAGACAAAGCCAAGUCCAGUGCCCAUCUGAAGUAGUAACUGAUGUGAGAGUCUCUGUGUGUGGGGUGGACAAUAGACAAAUGCUUAGCUCUCACCUGUUUUACAGCAAUCUCAGAUGCUAAGUGGGGAUCACAUCCAGUGGGGGGAACAGUAUCAGAGACUGCAGGGGGUCUGACAGCCUGAGCAAGUGGCAUACUCUCUUCUUCACCCCUUCCCCUCAGGUGAGGGAUACCAGCACCACUAGCAAAAAGGACUGGCUGCACAGAGAGCUCAGUAAGGACAGAAAUAAUCUCUUUUGGUUUUAAACUCAUAACUGAAAU